AUGCCGUCCGAUCUGUUUGAGCCUACGUGCCUCACGCCACAGGGCCCCCCGCGCCUCCGCGUACUCAAGAUUCAGGGGCUGGCGGCUCUCUUUGGCUGUCUACCCAGGAUCCCGACGAAGCAGACGUCUCAGCACCGCACUCCUAGCCUCUGGGCUGAGCUCUGCAAGCAAUGCGCACGCUUUCUGCCGCGCGUCUGCGCGUUGGGCUGCAAAGAUGUUCUCGAAGCCAGCCCCUUUUUCGUCAUCAACCAAAUCUUUUCCAACGACGUGGGCGACUAUGACUGCGCGGCGGCGGCGGCGCUGCUGCCCGGCGUCGACCCGCGUGACUGCCGCCCCUUUGAUCACCUGGUCAUGCAAUUCGAGCACAGAAUGGCGCAGGGCCGGGCGAUUGCGGGCACGCUGAAGGGGAUCAAGGUGCUCGACAACCCAUUCUACGGCACGAGGUCGUCGCAGGACACUGUAGACCUCACAGUGGUCCUGAUGGCGGCGCCCACAAAGUGGAUGCGCGAGAUGAAUGCCAACGAGCGGCUCAACCCCGAGGGGAUCGACUUAUUUGACCCUGAGCAGGGGGUUUUGCCCUACAGAGGCUUCCCGUACCGCCUCCUUCCCUUCCCCAUCGCCUCGAUGUCCAAGGAGACCAUCAAUCUUUGUGGGUAUAUGGGCGACUGGAUCGUGGAUGACGCUUGGGACCUCUUGCAAUCUGCCUUCGAAAUCGAGCGCGGGUCUUGA